CUAGUACUAGCUUGCCGAUCUGGCCUUCACUCGACCUCACACAUAUUAGUAUAGAUUAUCAGCUACACAGUAUCUAGGUUCUUGGUGUUAACUUCAUAUCGCGACUUGCCAUACUGGGCAUGUACAACCUGUGGGCCCACCAAUCCAGAAGGUGGGGGAGAUAGUGAUAUGCACGUGAUGGUAUGUGAUGGUGGGGGCACGGCAUGGGAGUACAACUCAACAAGCUUUUCACUUCUCAGUUUGUUGCUUUCUAGCAUUCAAUUGCUUUCUAUUCACUCAUUGAAACUUAAUCAUGACGGCUACAGAUGAAAUACCAGGUCAAGCAGGACUCCCAUCUCCUAAUCCCACUGAAUCUUUCUGGCAUAGUGAGCCUUCGAAGAUCUUAUUGGGUCAUAGAACUACGGAGAAUCUUCCCACGAAAGCUGAUAUUGUUAUUGUUGGGAGUGGUAUUGCAGGAACUUCAGCUGCACAUUGGUUAAGAGAGCAUGACGAUGGAAAAGAUCUCAAUGUGGUGAUGUUAGAGGCGAGAGAAGCUUGUUGGGGAGCAACUGGUAGAAAUGGAGGUCAUUGUCAGCCUCUUGUUUAUGCUUCACCUCCAGAAGUUGGGGCCUUUGAAGUGAGAAAUUAUGAGGACAUCAAGUCUUUUGUGGCGAUAAAUGAUGUUCAAUGUGAUUGGAAAUCUUUAUCCAGCUGUCACUCUUAUAUGUCAGAAGAUCAGUUCGAGGUAGCCGUCAAAGCUGCGGAAGCUCUCAAGAAUCUGGAUCCAACACUGGGCAAAUUAGUCACCAUUAUCACCAAAGAUUCUACUAAUCCCUCACUAUCGGACCUUCGAAUUCCCACAGCAGCUGGCGCAAUUGCAACCUCCAAAGCCGCCUCACUCUGGCCGUAUAAAUUGGUUGCAUGGGUUCUAGAAGAUUUGAUCUCUAAGAAUAAAUCCUCAAGCUCCCCAAAAUUCAAUCUCCAAACUUCAACGCCCGUAACUGGGCUUCAAAAAUCUUCUUCAGAAUGGAUAAUUCAUACUUCUCGCGGCCAACUUUCAGCUUCCAAAGUUUUGUUGGCGACAAAUGCCUAUACAUCGCAUCUUCUUCCCUCUUUCUCUGAUCUCAUUACUCCUGUCCGUGGUGAAAUGUCUUCACUUCUCCCUCCAUCUACCAUGUCCCCGGCCAUAGAAUCCUCAAAUAAACCCUUAGAAUACUCUUAUAGUAUCAUGGGUCAUUUCGGUCAAAACAUAAACCGAGAUGAUUAUCUCGUCCAGCGACCUUUUUCCUCCACGUCAUCAUCAGAACGAGAAUCAGGAGGAGAGUUGAUGUUUGGUGGGGGUCGCCAAUUUGCUGCCCAAGCUGGUUUGGGCGUCUUCGAUGAUUCAUCUAUUGAUCCUCCUGCUGCGAAUUAUCUCCGUCGAGAGCUACCACGUACACUCAAUCUUCAUAACAAUGAAGAAGAGCUUGAGGCUUCUUAUGAAUGGAGUGGGAUUAUGGGAUUUAGUAGAGACAAUUGGCCUUGGGUAGGAAAUGUGAGUGAGAAAUUGGGAGGUGGAGAUGGUUUAUAUGUUUGUGCUGGUUUCACAGGACAUGGAAUGCCGACGGCGAGAUUGAGUGCUAAAGCAGCUGUAGGCUUGAUGAUGGGAGAUAAGAUGGAGACUAUUGAUUUACCGCAGAGGUAUGUACUGAGUGAGAAUAGAGUUAGAAAAGCGAGAGAGCUGGAUGUAGUUUGUAGUGCAGAUGAGAAGGGAGAGUUUUGCUAGGGUGGUGGGGUGGUGGUUUUUGGAUGGGAGUACAUCAUACGUGGGUUUAAGCCCAAAGUGUUGUUCCCUCACUUUCAUUAUAGUUUCUCUAUUCUUUUUAAUAUGCGUUUCCCUAUUUUAUCCUUUUGUUUAAUAAAUAACCAUACGGGCUCUCUAAGGUUGUUUCUGAAGCCAGACUCUCGUCUUCUUACAAAUCAUUUUCAUAAUCACCGCUGGGUACUUUUGGAAUUUUUUAUCAUUGUGUUAUUUAAUAUUCACUACACCGUAUCAAACGGAAGAGGGUAAUUGCAUGAAGAUCAACUCUUGCAUUGGCAUUUGAGAAAAAUAAUUUCAACCUCCAUAACAAACAAGGCUUCUAAGGUUCUUGGUCCAACUUCCCUAGCUCAACGUUCUGUUUUGAUGCAUACCUUCUUAGGGAACUCAUCUUUGAUGAAUACCUCCCCAGUAGGUUCCUCCUUGAUGAUCUCUUCCUUAAAAUCCUCUAUCUUGACAUUUUCCUGCUUGAUUGCCCUCUCCUCAAUAUUCUCUUUCUUAAUAUCCUCCACAUCGUUAUCCUUCAUCACACGCUUCCAUUCAUCAUUCACCCAGACAUUAUAUUCCGAAUACUGUCCCUUAUCCUGCAAUCUCUUUCGUUCCUUCUCCAACCACUCACCAUACCACAACCCCGUUUUCCACUCGAGAUAAACCAAUUCAUCCCACGCAACCUUCUUCACUCGUUCCC